AUGACGUCACGGCCGGUUGCGUCAUUGGCGCCGGCAGCGACGGCUGUGGUCGUCAUGGGCCCGUCGGGCACCGGCAAGAGCACAAUUGGCCCCCGCCUCGCAGAGACACUCGGGUGGACCUUUGCGGAGGGCGACGACCACCAUCCGGUGGGAAACGUGCAGAAGAUGGCGGCAGGCGUGCCGCUCGAUGACGCCGAUCGCCUCCCGUGGCUGCAGCAACUACGCCGUGACGUGAUUGAGCAGAAGAUGGCGGCAGGGGACGGCGGUGUCGUGCUCGCGUGCUCCGCACUGCGUGCGUCUUACAGAGACGUGCUUCGUGGCGGUAAGCGCUCAGACGUGUUCUUCGUCGAGCUGAGCGGCUGCAUGGCACUCGUCGAGCAGCGGCUGCAGGGGCGGCAGCAUGCGUACAUGCCGCCGUCACUGCUGGCGUCGCAGUAUGACACGUUCGAGCCUCUGGAGUUGGAGGUGGAGACUGGGAUGCGCGUGUCGAUCGCACUGGAGCUAGACGAAAUUGUACGAGUAGUGGUUGCGGAGUUGCGGCAGAGGCGACUGAUCUGCGGUUAG